UAGGCACUGUUGAUAAAAACAAAAAUAUCUUUAUAUUUAGUGUAACUCAAUAAGUAUAAUAGAAGGCGUGGACUGUAAAUCUCGAAUGUGUACCUGGCGAAAUGCCGAAGUUUUUCUAGUGUACAUACAUACUUACUCUAAUUUUUUGUAGCCACUAAAAGAAACUUGUAUGUUUAUUGACGUUUUCUUUAAUAAUAAUGUAAACCCCCUCUGCGUAAGAAAGUAAAUAUCUUAAUUGAAAGAAACAUUUAUGUUAGGAUGCAUAUUUAUAAGUGAAUUGAUAUGUAUUCAUUUGUGUGAGGAAGGGGCAGCGGCAAAAAGAAGUUACAAGGGGUGACACACAAAAUUUGUAAGUUUAGGGGUUGGUUAUGAUGAGUGCGGUGUAUUCCAGUACGGUUCGCGGCAAUGGUAAUACCGCGUUUAGAAAAGUGCAUAGUUCGCAAUUUUGUCUGUCGGAAGAAAAUUAAUGAAGGAAACAGAAAAAUCCUAAAGAGAAUUUAUUGCAAAAAUGUGGCUGAAUAAACGAACAUAUAACCGAAAUUAAGUGAAUUGAACAUAUGUAUAUAUGUAUAUUCAUUUCAUCUACAAAAUUUCCAUCGCCACGCUUACGGAUAACGGAACCUAAACAAAUAAAGCCGACAAGAAUACAAGAUUGCAUCUGUAAUGUCAUCGGUCCAAGUUGUAUCAAAAAUUUUAAACAAUAUGAAUACAAAAAUGAAUCCUGUACACCAUCUAAUGGCUGAACAACAGCCAAAAGUUCUUCAUACUUCAUCUACUGUGCCAAUAUCCUUAUCAGAGGAUCCACGAACAUUGCAAUUGGCAUUGGAAUUAUCAUUGGUGGGCUUAAAUGACAAUCAAACAUGUUAUGCUCAACAGCAGUCUGCACAACCCUUAGCAGCUGUACAAAGUGACUACGAAAUGGGCAACAUAAAUUCAAAAUCGGAUAAUGCCAAUAUGCCAUUAACAUCGUCAUCCAGCAGUUGCUUUUUAUUGCCCACAGCAAUGGGCACCGGUGCCACCGGUACGGGCACUCUAGAAGAUCGUUCGAAGAAAUCACAAAACAUGACUGAGUGUGUUCCAGUGCCCAGUUCAGAGCAUGUGGCCGAAAUAGUCGGUAGGCAGGGUUGCAAAAUAAAGGCGUUACGGGCUAAAACUAACACAUACAUUAAAACACCGGUUCGCGGUGAGGAACCAGUUUUUGUGGUGACCGGUCGCAAGGAGGACGUAAGUAAGGCAAAGCGUGAAAUACUCUCAGCUGCUGAUCAUUUCAGCUUAAUACGCGCAUCACGUAAGCCCAUGACAGCAGAUGGCCACACAAGCAGUGGGGAAGGCGGGGUUACAGUUGGAGGAUGUAUUAAUGGUUCCGGUUCCGGUUCCUCUUCCAGUUCUGGCAUCGGUGCUGUACCUCGCCUCCAAUCCGGCCCACCCUGCAUGCCCGGCCAGAUAACAAUACAGGUACGUGUACCUUACAGAGUAGUCGGCCUUGUUGUUGGGCCCAAAGGUGCAACAAUUAAGCACAUUCAACAAGAGACACAGACUUAUAUAGUGACACCAUCACGGGAAAAGGAACCGAUCUUCGAAGUGACCGGCUUGCCCGAUAAUGUUGAUACAGCGCGAAAGCAGAUCGAAGCCCACAUUGCCCUACGGACGGGUGUGGGCUUAGGAACGGGAACUGGAAGUAGUUCGUUUCCAGUGCUGGGAAGUGAGUCGUCAUCCAUCGUCGAAUCGAAUGAUUUUAUCAAUUCGAGUACUAUUAACUCAUUAACACAAAUAUUAAACGAUGAUUUAAAUACCGAACUGCUAACAUCUAUAUAUAAGAACGUGCAUCCGGACUAUGUACACAAUUCAAUUAAUCAAAUGAAGCCAAUAAUUCAAAACUAUCAACUCAACAAUUGCUACAAGAAACGAGAGAACAUUUCCGACUUUGAACUGACGCCUACACUAACGGCAUCGAGCAUUCCAGCUGGAAAACAGCACCAUCAGCUAUUGGAAACUGAAACGAAGGCUGAAAACUGUGUUUUUCGGAAUACAAACAAAGCCUUGCCUUCAUCAACAUUAGCCGCAUCCACAUUAAAUCAUUCCAACCCAACUACUACUAACAACAUAAUAACCAGGUCCUGUUCGUCAGCAUCGUCAACAACUUCUACAAAAAGUACUAAUAACAGUACAAAUGCGAAUACGCCACCAGAGAUUUUAAAUAUAUGGAAAAAACUAAAUGAUUCAAUUGACGUCGAUGAGGGAAUCGGGGAUUCGCCCAACAUUUGGACUCAGACGGCAAAUAUGGUAUUAUCUACAGAUCAUCAUCACCAGUGUUCGCCCACAAAUUCUAUAAGUCCCACAGAUUCGCUUUUAGAGCAGCAAACAAUUGUACAUAAUACAUCAAGGGAAUCGAACCAGCAGCAAAUGGUACAAGCACAGGCGCAAUCUCAAGCUCAAACACCAGCACAGACUGCCAUUCAACCCUUCCAACCGAGCAAUGCCGAAAAGUUUGUAAUGCAUCGUGAGUGCUGUGUGUGCAAUGAGAAUCAAGUGACCACAGCUUUAGUGCCCUGUGGUCAUAAUAUGUUCUGCAUGGAAUGUGCUAAUCAAAUUUGUGUUUCAGUGGAAGCAGUCUGUCCCAUUUGUAAUUCGAUAGUUUAUCAUGCAAUGCGCAUAUUGGGCUAACUUUUCAAUUGUACAAGAUAAAGAUACAUAUGUGUUCACGACAUUAACUAAAGCUAUAGGAAUUAAAGAUGUUAUGUUAAGAUUAGAGCUGUGAAAACAUCGAUAUCUAGAGCCAGAGUCGGUAUAUUUACUUUCUUUUAUCGAGUUAAAAUUUGUUU